UUGGAGGGUUGACAAUUUCUCUGCAACAUUUAGGUGGUAAUGUUUUGAAUAAUUCGCUAUUUUUAUUUAUAAUAGUUUCGACAUGAAGCUACACUUGCGCCUAGUUGUCUGUGUUUUGUGUAUCGUGGCCACAAUGUCCGACGACGACCUGGUUUCUGUGGAUUAUGAGGUUUUCGGCAGAGUUCAGGGUGUGUUUUUUCGUAAAUACACGCAGGCAGAGGGAAGAAAACUUGGCCUUGUUGGUUGGGUCCAAAACACCCGGUCAGGAACCGUCCAGGGCCAGCUGCAGGGGCCACGCUGCAAAGUGAAAGAAAUGCAGGAGUGGUUGAAAUCCACUGGCAGCCCCAAGUCACACAUAACCAAGGCAGAAUUCAAGAACGAGAAGACCGUAGGAAGUCUAGAACACUCCUCGUUUGAUAUCGUGAAAUAAAUAUGUCCAUAAAUUAUGCUGUAGUAUUACUGUUAGAGCACAUGUCCUAUUUAUUUAGAAUAUUUUUUUCAGUUUUAGAAAAUCUCCUAGAAUGGGAGUAUGUGUGUAUGUGUAUUUAGAAUGUUCAGGACUAAACAUAUAGAGCUUCUAGAUUCCAGUGUAAAAAGUUCUUUGUGCAUGCACAAAAAAGGAACUGAAUAACACCACAAAUGUAAAAUUUAAAAACAGAAAUAAGAAGUUAAAUAAAACAGUACACAGAUAAAUAAUGAAUAAUGAAGGUCAAAUGGUUUGAAUAACGUGUACAAA